AUGACAGACUGGACUAGUGAAACCGAGCUUGCUACUGAUGCCCGCGCUUUCACCAAGAUUUUGUUCACGUUCUUCGGCAUCUAUGUGUGGGAGCUAUUCCAGACGAGUGACUUUGAAAUAUCUAUUCUGCUUGGUCGUCGGAAGUUGCAAUGGCCCAUGGUCUUCUUUUUCUUGUGUCGAUAUAGCAUCUUGUGGUCACUCGUUGGAUUAUUAAUCGCAUCGUCGGUUACGCAGCCCAUCCACUGUCAUGCACUCUAUACCUUCACCACUAUUGUAGGACAAUUGGCGAUCUUAACGGCUUCAACGUCAUUAAUGAUUAGAACGUUCAUUCUGUGGAAGAGAAAAAUGUCUAUCGUGAUCCCGUUGACUGUGCUGUCUCUCGCACAAUGGGGCCUUAUCUGGCGUGGAAUGUUCCUCGUCAACGGUAGUUGGAGCGACGAUGUUCAAACUUGCACGGUGACGACCGUUAACUCGCAGUAUCUCCAAGCCACCUUCUUUUAUACGAUGGCUUUUGAUUUCGUACUAUUGGUUGCUGCUGGGUACCAGUUUCUCAGGCAAGCGGCCAGAGUCAGCAUCUGGGACCUACUCUUCAGGGAUGGCUUGAUUUUCUUCAUCGCUGCGUCUGCCUGUAACAUUCUUCCUGCGAUAUUCGCUAUCUUGGACCUUAACUCUGUCAUGAAUCAUCACCGCCGUAAGCUCCUAAUAGUCGCCUGCUUUACCUUUCUAAGUCUCACGAGCGCUUCCAUUGUCCACAUCCAGGUCCCCGCGGGUACAGUCUCUGCCAUCGCAGCUUGUCGCACAGUCAUCCAGCUCAAAGACCUCCAUGAUGAUAUUUACACGCAUACCGCCGCCAUCAUCGGAGGUGGGAACCGCAGGCCUACCCACUUCACUCGACCGGUGGUCAGCGUCAAGACUGAGCAGUUCGUCAUGGAUGACUUUGGGAAGCGACCGAAUCAGCAAGACCAUAGUCCUGCGAGCCGAAAUUCGCUUGACUCCAGUCCUGGUGGUUUCAGCAACAAGGAGGCCCAUGACACUUUGUGA